GACACGGUUCAUCCCACGGUCUCCCGAGCCAUUUAUUCUGACGGUCGACGGACGAAUUCGCGGCGAUGGCGUUCCGGAGGAAACAAAGCGCGCCGCGAUUGAGGACCUUCGAGGGCUUCCGGCCAUUUAGGGAGCAGUCGUCGUUGCUUUCCGCUAGCUGCGACUCCUCUUCCGCCUCUUCUUCCUAUGUCGUCGCUUCCCGCGACACCGCUGAUCGCCAGACCCAUUCGCAGGAUUCAAAUUCUUAUUACUACACGUCAAUGAAAAAUGAGAAUGAGGCCAAGUAUGGAUUUUGGGGUGUUCUAACUAGACAAACAAAGACUAUGCUUGAAGAUGACAAGACUUCUCAGAAACAUGCAGACCGUAACCACCAGCUCCAUUCACUCAACUCAAGGAAGAAUCAGCUCCAAUCACGAUGGUCAUCUGAUAGUUACCAUGAGAAAGAAAGCCCAACUUCUAGGAACAGAUCAAGGGAGUUUUCUGUGAGGGACAUGGGUGUUCCAACCCAAAGUACCACUGAGAGUGGUUGGACAAUCAUGGGAAAUAAGACAGCUGGUAUGAUCCAAGAAGCAAGUAAGCUGCAAAUAAGAGGAAAAUCUGCAAUCUCUGAUGCACCGGAUCAAUCUACAAAAACAAAUGUCACACUCAGUGAAGCUGACUUUGAGGUCCAACUGAAGGCUUCUCGCGACAUUGCAAAUAAAAUGGCUGCUAAGGUCAAGAUUCUUUUGCAGGAGCUAAAUACUGUCAAGGCAGAUUUAGCUUUUACAAACAAAAGAUGCACUCAGCUUGAAGAAGAGAACAAGAGUUUGCGCGAAAAUCAUAGGAAUGGAGAUUAUCCAGCAGAUGAUGACCUGGUACGUCUCCAGAUGGAAACAUUGUUAGCAGAAAAAUCCAGGCUAGCAAAUGAAAACACCAUUUACACAAGGGAAAACAUGUUCCUAAGGGAGAUUGUUGAAUACCAUCAACUCACCACCCAGGAUAUGGUUUACCUCGACGAAAACAUUGAAGAAGAUAACUCGGAAGCAUUCUCCAUCGACCAAUUUUCGACCUUUCCUUCACCAUCACAUCCAAUUCAUGAAAUGUUACCUACACUCGCACCAAGAAGCCCAUCCCCCUCCGCUUCACUUCAUACUGUUGGAGAGCCUGGGCUUGUGGAUACGGAGUUGAGUUCUUCAUCAGCUGUUGAAGGGAUCUGAUUGCACUUGCCCUGCCAUUUCAUACAAAUUAGAUUUCGAUAAAACAUUUGUCUUACACUUUUUCCCUCCUCUUUUGAACAGCAGAAUGUGCCACCGUUCGUCUUUGCUACGGGGUGCUGCUGAUUGUACUU